AUGUUCAUUCUGUCAGUUUAUAAGUGCAUCGAGGAAUGCGGUCUCUUUCGGGGACAAGUGAGCUUCAGUGCUGUUUGUUUUCGAGUUGAAGUGCGUAGACUUGGGCAGGGGGCCGCAGGAAACGAGUGGAUUUGUGGCUGGCCCCAAUAUCGUUGGUUCGUCGGAGAGAUUGAAAGCCUGAAAUCUGAAAAUGCGAGGACUGAAGCACGAGGAGAGCCCUCCUGCCUUCCUAGUAAGCAGAUCCGCGUGCGUAAGACCGUCAACGAGGCUCUGCCUCCUCUACUAAAGACAGAUUUCCACACGAAUACCAAUACCGUACACCGGCUUAUUUACAACGGCGAAUUGAAUUAUUGGCCAAAUUUCUGCCAAGAUGUACGAGCAACAACGGAUAACCAACAUUGGAGUAACAGGGUUAUCGGAUACACCCUGAAUACCCGCGAUCUUAAUAAUAAUAAGGUUUUUGUCGGAGAUGAGACAGGUGUACAGGGAAGGUUUCAACAGGCGAUUGGUCAAACACUUGGAAAGGUGUUUGAAGCUCAAAGGCUUAAUAUCCAGUUUGCCGAUUUCAAAUGUCUUCCUAAUCUAGGGAACAAAGUCCCUGAUUGUGUUAUGAAGACAUCAAGAAAUAAGUUGAAGCUUGUGGGUGAGUUGAAGGUGCCGUAG